AAAUGGAUGGAGAGUAGGUAUGAAUGCUGAGUAUGGCGUAGAAAAGGUAAACGUACGGGUGAGCUGCCAAACCAGGUCGCUGGAAACGUUCUGUCUUUGGGCGGCCAUUGUGAAUUAUCUCUUUCGGGCUGGUGGAUUGAGGACGGAUCGAAAUCAAUCAACGCAAAGGCUGGUAUACUGAACGUGAAUUGUGUGUGCCAGCGCCAAGAAUGGGAGUCCGCGAUCUCGCUAAGCGGACCUCUUUAGGAUUAGCGCCUGAAAACAGGGUUGCUGCCUCAGAUCGAAGGCAGCAGAAAAGUGUUCAGCCACUUGCCUCUUCCGCAGUUCCCCGUGACUACGUACUACUACACUAGUAGAUCUCCCAGGCUACCGGGUUGUCGUGGUACUAUCUUAAAGCAUCAUAUGCUGUUGACGGUGGCAGCUGCCUGCCAGCCGAGAAUCCCUCAUUCAUGAAUCUAGAAAGGAGUUUUGGCCUCUUGAGAUUCUCAACAGUUUGCCAUUCACAUCCGGUAUUCAGGAAGCCGUUAACGUCAUCCCCCCCUGUCUUUCGUUUGAACAGCCUCGCACCCAUCCAACUGACCUAGUUGCCAUGGCAUACUAUCUUCUAUACUUUUUGGCAAUCUCUGUUGUGGUUUGUGGCACAGUACUCUACCUUACCCGGACUCGAUGGUUGUCUUUAGUCCCAGUUCCUGAUUACAUAUACGAUCGCCUACCUUCUAGCUUCGCCGAUGACCUAGAGGCGGGGCUGACAUCAACGCAGUUUGACCUCUCCGCCAACAUUGCAGAUGGUGACACUAGGGCUGGGUUGGAUAACCAAGCUAAACGACAAAUCAGGAAGAUUAUGAACCGCCAAAGGAUAGACUUUGAUGAAGCUCGCCGGAUAUAUACCGAGCAACGUUUUGCUAAGAAUAACAUUGGUCCCGACGGCCGGCCCAGGGACCCGAAAUUUGUUUCAUUCUCAUAACAUGUCGUUGGCCACGAGACACUUGUUGUACCGUAUUACAUGAAACCAUUGAUUCUUUGUCCAUUCUUCAUUCCUUCACUUU